GGUAGUGUGCUGGGAAGGCACUUAAUUUUACACUUUUACUGGAUGAGUGAAAAAGAAAAGUCCCUAGAGAUAAAGUGACUUUUCAAUACCACACAAGACUUGUUCCAUAGCAAUAGAAUCAGGGGGAGGUGAAAAGGGUAAAAGCUGGUGACAAGGCGAGAAACUGGAAGCCAGAGUAGAGAGUCAGAACUGGAGGGGGCACGAGUCUGAGUAGGCAGUCCAGAGAACUAAAGGGGAAAUGAGAGUCCGAAUAAAUAGUCCAGGGUUUAGGGAAGGAACAGAUUUUCUUCAUUGCGGACAGUGACGAAAGGAAAGCUUUUCUGUUGGUAGGAUAAGGAAGUCAGAAUAGACAUAUUGUGGGGUAGGUUUGUUUAGAACAGAAAUCAAAGAUCAACUUUUCUGAGAGAAAGAACAUCUGCAAAUGAAAUGCUCUUCCUGCAACUUCCAUUGCUAGCAAUUCUCCUCCCAGCUGGUGACAGUAAAGACGACUUCCAGGAGCCAGUCUCCUUCCAAAUCAUCCAGAUCUCAUCCUUUUACAACCGUUCCUGGGUACGAACUCUGGGCUCAGGUUGGUUGGGUGAGUUGCAGACUCAUGGGUGGGUGAGCGACACUGGUACUAUCAUUUUCCUGUGGCCCUGGUCCAAGGGCAACUUCAGCAAUGAAGAGUGGAAGGAACAGGAAAAGUUACUCCAUUUGUCCUCCAUUGAAAGUCUUCAGACAAUCCACAACCAUGCCAGUCAAUGGCAGCUUGAGUAUCCCUUUGAGUUCCAGAUGGCAGGAUGCUGUAAGCUGCACUUUGGUGAGGCCUCAGUAGGCUUCAUGCACGUUGCUUAUCAAGGAUCAGAUUUCAUGAGCUUCCAGAACAAUUCAUGGUUACCGUCUCCAGAGGGUGGACGUAGGGCUCAGGAUGUCUGCAACCUAUUCAAUGGGGAUAAAGUUGGCCUGGAAAUAACACACAGGUUCCUCAGUGAUACCUGUCCACGUCUCCUCUUGAGCCUCCUUGAUGCAGGGAAGGCAGAUCUCCAGCGACAAGUAAUGCCAGAGGCCUGGCUGUCCACUGGCCCCAGUCCUUGUCCUGGCCGUCUGAUGCUGGUUUGUCAUGUCUCUGGCUUCCACCCAAAGCCUAUUUGGGUGAUGUGGAUGCGGGGUGAGCAGGAGUAUCUGGGCACUCAGCGAGGUGACGUCUUGCCCAAUGCGGAUGGGACAUGGUAUCUUCGGAAGUCCUUGGAUGUGGAAGUCACUGAGGCAGCUGGCUUGUCUUGCCGGGUGAGACACAGCAGUCUAGGAGGCCAGGAUAUCAUCCUCUACUGGGAACAUCACAGCUCCGUGGGGUUGAUCAUCUUGGCAGUAAUAGUGCCCCUGGUGCUUCUGACAGGUCUUGCAUUUUGGCUUAGGAAGCGCUGGUGAGUUCUUUGUAUCCAUCCUUCCUGCUCUUUGCCCCACUCUUCACUUGUCUUCCCAUCUUUUCUUUUUCUCUCUCCUCAGUCUUCCCUCUCAGUCCUCUUCCUUCUUACAACUCACUUCUCACCUCCACUUCAUGCACAGUGACUUCCUUCUUUGUUUUUGUCAGACACGCUGUGAACCUCCAAGUACUAUUGUCCCUUUGGAAUGGGACCCCAGCAACACAGGGGCUCAGAAUGUAUCUAAACGCAAAGAACGUGAUGACAUCCUUUCGAUUAUCCUUGUAGAACUUUUGUUGUUGUUGUUUAUUUCUGGUCAAUGAUCAGUUAUCAGUAUAAGCCAGGUGUAGUUUUGUAGGAUUUGUUGUUCUGGCCUGGGUUCUGGGACUUUAAAACUCAAAUUAUAACUUUGAAUUGAAUGAGAUCCUAGCAGCCUCCACACAUUCAAAUAUUAAUUGUCAUCUGUUCUAUUUCAGAUAUCACUUCUUCCAGAGGGUCUUCCUUGUUACAGGUGGAAGUAGUAUUUUCCUUGCCUGAACUCCCAGCACACUUGAACUGUACUUUGCCAAAUCUACUCCUCACUUCUUGCCCUGUGUUGCAGCUAUUUAGAUUCCUUUUCUUCUUAUAAUUUUUAAGUUUCCUGAGAGCAAAGUCCACAUUUUUAAAUAUUUAUAACCUUGGGAAAGUGUCUUACCUGCAUGUAAUACGUUCUAAAUAAAUAGCUGUGUUGAAUUUAUGCAAAA